UUAUUAGAAGGCUGAUAAAAUUUGAGGCUGACAGUUGUCCUGCCCCUUUGGGAAGAAAUCACAGCGAGGGAAGGAGGGCAGCGGCCCUUGUCCUGACUGUGAUCCCGGCGGCCUAAUUCCCUGCUCUUUUUUUGACUGGGUGCUUCACUUUACUGCUAACAAGGAACAUUAAACUGUCAGGAGACGUACCCUCCCAGCAGAACCGGUAAGUUGCUGUGGGGCUUUCAUAGCUUCUUGCUUCGUUUGGUCUUGCUGGGUCAUUGUGUGGUGUCAACAACUGCCACCGCCACCCUGCCUGCGGAGGCCUAGCUGCAUUCCUGACAUCUGAGACAAGCUGCAAGGGGGGCGAGAAAGGGGACUGUGUAAGGGAAGAGGCAUCUUCCCUCGCGGCCUGAAAUGGAGCAGGUAUUUUUGUUGCACAUUUAUCACACAUCUCCCCUGUAUGGAGAAGCCUCAGUAAACAAGUGCUGCCUCUCUAGACUCCGUCCUAACAACCCAAGAGCAGGAUCCCAGGGGUGCCAUUUCAGAUUGCUGUGGGGUGGGGGACAAAGUGCGGUGGUAAGGCUUAUAGGUCCACUCAGAAAAUUGAAUUGCAAAAUAAAUAAAAAAAACCUCUAGCCCUACUUUAUUCUGAGCUGGAAUCUUAGUUGGGGGAGAGUCCCACUAAACACAACUGGAGUUACUUCUGAGUAGACAUAGGGCUGCACUGUUAAGAGCAUUUAUUGUGAUUUAUUUUUAUACUUCAUAAUAGCUAUUACCUAUGUGAACAUUCACACUUUAAAAAAAAAGCAAAAGGAUUUUGCUUUUAGAAGGCACUUUUAAUGCAUAUGCCUAUUCCACUAAUCAGGGACCAUUGGUUUAGGGCUGGAUGUGAUGGCCCUCACUUACUCCUCUGUGUGUGUAUUGGACCUGUGUAUAUCUUUGGACCCACAUGGCCCUGGAUUGCUCUCCCCCGAGAGGCAGCCAGCUCAGUUUUGCCAAGUGGGGUGGAGGCAGGCAGACUGCUGGGGACUGUGAGCCCAGGGAUAUUAACACAGACCUUCCAAAUGUCCCUAUUUUCCAGGGACAUACCUGAUUUAGAGAAGCCAUCCCAGAUUCUGAUUUGGUCCUGGAAUGUCUCACAUUUCCUUAAGAUGUCUCUAUUUUCAUUGGAGAAAUGUUGGAGGGUAUGGAGUUAUCCGACCCCUGAGCUGUCCGAAGGCACUCCUGUACAGUGGUACCUCUGGAUGUGAACGGGAUCCGUUCCGGAGCCCCAUUCGCAUCCUGAAGCGAACGCAACCCGCGUCUGCGCUUGCACGGGUCACGAUUCGCUGCUUCCACGCAUGUGCGUGACAUCAUUUUGAGCGUCUGCACAUGCGUGAGUGGCAAAACCCGGAAGUAACGCGUUCUGUUACUUCCGGGUCGCCACAGAGCGAAGCAACCUGAAGCAACUUCAACCCAAAGUAUGACUGUAUAGGGAAGUUUUCUUUAAUGUUUGCUGUUUCGUUAUGUUUUUAUAUAUGUUGGAAGCUGCCCAGAGUGGGUGGGGCAACCCCGUAAGAUGUGUGGGGUACAUAUAGAAAAAUUAUCAUUCUGGAUUGGGACAUCCCCAUUUUCAUCAGAGAAAUGCUGGAGGGUAUGUUAACAGUUUCUCUAACUUCCAUUAAUAUAGUGCUUCCAAAGCUUCUUGCCUUCUUUCCAGUGGGUAGUAUUGCUUUAUGGCAAACAUCUCUUUGGAAGAGAGGCCUGGGGUUUAAAGUUGUGUGGAAUCAAAUGUUUGAUCUCAAUUGCUUAGGGUGGUUCGUCGUGGAAAGGAAACCUCUCAUACUUCACGUUCUCAGUAACACACAAACCCCCUUUCUGAACCACACUGAUCUGCUUUUUGUAGCUUGGCAGAUGGGUUUGCUUGAUGUGCCUCUGCCUUUUAGUACGUUCCGAUCCUCCUAAUCCCACCCUCCCCAAUUCCAGCGUGUUCCCACAGCAACUAUGGCAAGUGGUAUGGAUUCAGAUGGUGAGCAGGUGGUGCCCGAUGGAGAAGACCCUGAUGUGAAAGCCGUGCAGGCCCACUAUCUUCGCAGUCCCUCUCCUGGCCGGUGAGUCUUUCGCCAAGUAGGCCUCUAUAUCCCUCUGAUCACACGGAACAAACGCCAGCCAUUUUCUAGCCUUCCCCCUUCCUUUUUUAAAAUUACCUUACGCUAACCCUGUGCAUUAUCCAAAGCCUGAGCAAGGCAGAAUUUAAAGGGUUCUUUCUAAUUUCUUUUAGAAGCCAGGGUGGAGAGCUCAUGCAUUAUUUAGCUAAUCUAAUUGGGUCAACUGAGGUUUUCCACAAAUUCAAGUGUUAUUGGGGGAAAGCAUUAUCAAAGUUAAGUGAGGCAGCACAGAGGAAACAGAGCCCACCCAAGCUGCCAUCAUUUGCAUCAGUCUUUUCACAGUUCUUUGAUUUGUUUGGAUUCAAGCGUUUGAUUCAGUUGAUUGUACAAAUUUGGAAUCUUAUGUGAAGCAGGAUUUCUGGGUCUUGCAUAGAGGCACGCCCAGUAAUUCCAGUUAGAAAGCAAUAGUCAGCCCCUAUCUAUUUUUGAGGUUUUCUUUAUCAAACAUGUUUUAGUCUCCAAGAGAGAGCCUUUUUCAAUGCCCCAAACCUGUGUGAUCUUGCCUUUUUCUCAUUCAAAGGCAUCGCUCAGUAGAUUUCGACCCAGUGUGUGGCAACUGUUGGUGCGGCGGGGGGGAGAGGGGGAGAGUGAAUUCCUUGCUAGGUAUCAUUCAUUAAGAAAGGAAUUAAAAAUACAGCUGUUGAUACCAUAAUGCUGUUUUGCAGAGCUACGGCAUGUCCGCACUUGAAAUACUGUGUGCCGUUCUGGUCGCCUCACCUCAAAAAGAAUAUUGUAGAGCCAUCAAAGGUUCAGAAAAGAGCAACCAAAGUGGUCAAGGGAAUUUGAGCGAGUCCUCUAGAUGGAAAGGUUGCAGCAUUUGGAACUUUUUAGUCUCUGAGAAAGGAAGGAAGGAGGCAGUGAGCAAAAGCAUGGUCCAGUCUAUAUGAGUGUCUCAGUAGAGCCUAUUAAUGAACAUUUGUUACACUUAAAGACGUAGUCACAAGUAACCCUCACCCCAUGCAUUCACUGAACAUGUAAAAGGGGCUCCUGUUUUCUGGCGUGUUCUUAGUUCCAUUCCGUAGGGAUAUUAAAGGAUAAAUCAGGCUCUGUAGGCUGAUUCAUUUUUUCUUUUAUCUGUUUCUGUUCCCAUGGCUGAUGAUGAGACUGAGUGCUGCUAGCCAAACCAUCUGUCUUUCCUGCAGCUUAGAUACACUUGGCCAAGUUCAGUUUUUUCUUUGCAUAUGGCUCAUUUGCAUGUACAUUGUUAAUAUGCCCUAAACUUACUUGCAAUUGCUUUUUUAAAAAAGUUCCAUAGUGUUUUGAAUAUGUACGCGAGGGCAGUCACUUUGGCUCUAGAUGUUAUUGGGGUGAUCUGUGCUUUCUCUUUACCUUGCUGCUAGAUUAUUCUUUGGGGAGGAGCAAAAGGGGGGGAAGACCACCCACUCUCUUAGAGACACACAAAUCUAUUUUGUGAUUAAACAACUUAACAGUUAAAUUCUAUUCAUAUCUACUCAGAUUGUUGUUUUCAAUGGAAUUUACUCUCAGCCAGUUAAAUAUGCCUAAAUCAGGGAUGGGGAAAGUUUGGUCUUCCAACUGUUGCUGGAUUACAACUUCCAUCAUUCCUGACCAUUGAUUAUGAUGACUGACGCUGAUGGGAGGAGAGUCCCAUAACAUCUGAAGGGCUAUAUAUUCCCUAAAUUAUUGUGCCUGAUUUUCAACAUUUUCAACAGGUGUUUUAUUUUUCCUCCUGUAAAAUAUUGGAGGAAUUCAUGGUUUAAGCAACUCAAAAUGCUUUUAACUAACAUUUUUCUUGUUGUUGGCAGAGAGAGGCUUUUUAUACCAGCCUGUUGUUCUUCACUAUGGAUCCAGCAGUCCUCAAUAGAGAUGGAAGGGCUCUCUGUUUGUUUCCUCACUUGCUCUAGUACAACAGAGCUUCCAAACCCAAAACUCCUGUUCUUAGAGUUGCCACAUUUUCCCUGCCACUGGCUGUGUACACCAUACCUUUAAAGCUCAUUUGAGCCACAUUCUUUCCUUCCAAAAAUUCUGGGCACUAGUUUGUUAAGGGUUUCUGGGAAUUGUUACUCUGUGAGGGGUGGACUACAGUGCCCAGAAUGUGCUUUGAUGUGCUUUAAAGAUACACAGCCAUUAAAGGUUUCAUGCUUUCUACAAAUGGCAUGUCAAAAAAGGAAUUUGCCAGAGAUAGUUUUCAUAUCCUUAGCUUGUAGAACAACCUUUUCCAACCUGGUGCCCUUCAGAUGUUUUGGUCUACAACUCCCAUCAGUGCCGACCGGCUUGAUCAUUGCAGAACGACCGCUUGGUGGCUUCCUUCACACAUCCAUGAACAGAAAGCUAAUUGGAUUUUCUGCAUCAACACCUCAAACAGGUGGCUUUGAAAGUAGCACUAUCAAUGGAGCAAAACAUUGUCUCUGCUACAGUUUCAGCAUACUCAAGAAGGCAAGGGAUCUCUUAAAAGUAUGAGUGCUACUUGUAUGUUUGCUUGUAAUGCCGGCAGAACAACACCUUGCAGACCCUUAAUUACAGAUCUUCGUUUAAGUUGAGGAGGCGUAACUCAAACUGACAUCCUCUGGUGCUAUAAAGGAAAAAGCAUCUUUGUGCUGCAGGGUGUAUUGUAGAGGAUGGUGUGUCUAGAUUUUAAGGGUGAAAUUCAACAUUGCACUAUGUUGAUUGUUCUGCCAGGGCAAGCUUUAUAGCUUGCCAGAUGGAACAAUCAGGUGCUGUUCUGGGGGUUCUCUUGACCAUUCCUAGCCAAUUUUGGGGGACACAGAAGAAGGAGAGGGGGAACCCCUGUUGUACAAACUGAAGUCCUAUUGUUGGCUUCUGCUGCUGGGAUGCAUGAGUUGAAUUCUGCCCUAAGUAAUCGAUUUCUAGGCAAAAUGGCAGCCUUAACUUUAAAAGGGCUGAAGGGGGGGGCAAAAACUUUGUUUACCUUUGACAGAGGCAAUGAAAGGGCAAUGCUCACACUUGCUACAUAAACACCAGAGCUCCAUUCCUGCUCUUUCCUCAGCCAGUCCCUCCAGCUUAAUAUGCAUUAGCUAAAGCCCCAGCUCUCUAGUGCUUUGUACACUUGACCCCUAGACAUCACAGGCUUCUCCCGGCCUUCUCCACUGCCACUGCCUUGGGAAGCUGGCUGCCCAUAUAACGUUUCAUGGUCAGUUGCUAUGGAGACCAAUUUUGAUUAAUGCAGCUGUCAGGCAACCCUCUGUUUACAACAGUCAGAGACAUCUGGACUAUCAUCCACCCUCUAGUGGAUGAAAAGGAAACAUCUUCCUCGUCUGUAAAAAGAGACACAGGACUCCGUAACUUUACCACAGUGGUAACUAGAGUGUCACUAGAGGGCAGGGGGAUUCGUGGCCUAAUGCUUGGUCAUUGCUCCUUGCUCUGUGCUCCCCUUUAUCUCCAGGGGAGAGAUGUGGGCUGAUAAACCCCAGAGUCAAAGGGAGACAGCAGGUCAUCGUUUGCCUCUGAGCUGCCUUUGAGCUGAUACCGGGUUCAACAAGUUCCUCAUCCCCACCUGCAUUACUGUACAGUGGUACCUCAGGUUACAUGCGCUUCAGGUUACAGACUCCGCUAACCCAGAAAUAGUGCUUCAGAUUAAGAACUUUGCUUCAGGAUGAGAACAGAAAUCAUGCUCCGGCGGCGCGGCAGCAGCAGGAGGCCUCAUUAACUAAAGCGGUGCUUCACGUUAAGAACAGUUUCAGGUUAAGUACGGACCUCCAGAACGAAUUAAGUACUUAACCCGAGGUACCACUGUACAUCAAAGAAUGUUACAAGCAUUAUAUUACAAAAUCUGUGUAUCACUACAGUAUUUACUAUGAGAGCAUUCUUGCUCUUCAUUUUGGAAUAGGGAAUGGGAGACAGUAGAUUAGUUUAUACAAACAUUUUUUUGUUUUUGCUGGGAAAUGCUUUUCCCCCACAGAUUACUCCAGUUUACAAAUGUGCCUCCAUAUGGUAAAAUCAACAUACAACAAAGGGAAAUGUAGCAUUUUCUGUAGAUGAAUUUUAUGUUAUAGUAUUUUAAUUCUGCACUUUUGGGAAGGAGGAACACAUUGAUGAGAAUUAAUAAUAAAAGAAGCAUUAUGGGGAAAUUUAAACUUGUUUUGACAUUUUUUAAAUUGCUUGUUUGUACUCAAACAUGGGCUAUCUCCCAGUGUCACCCCCUUCCUGUUCUGCUGUACAGUCUCCCCGCACCCUCAGGCUGCUCUGUUUUGAAAUAGUUGUGGAGGCUGUCAAAGGUGAGUCAAACAACUUGUAGAAGCUUGCCUCACAUCAUUGUCAUUUAUUAACAGAUAUUCGGUGUUAUCGGAUACAGACACUGAGAGCAUCUUCAUGGAGCCCAUCCAUCUGUCAUCUGCUGUGGCUGCUAAACAGAUCAUCAAUGAAGGUAGGAGGCAGAAAGAAAAAGCAAUGAAGACAAUGAGUUUAUGAGUAAGGGGAGGCUGGUGAGUAGGUGCCCUCACUUUUGAAUAGAGGAAUAAACUAGAUGAUUUCUGGUCCCUCCGUCUCAACUCAAUUAUCUUAUAAUAUCUGGAGACCAUUUAUAGAACCUAUGCUGAUUAAGGUUACUUCCAUAAUCACAGUGUAUUUUUUAAUUGCUGUCCUUUUUACAGAGAUUCCAUAUGACAUCAUCUUUAUCAUCAUCAUCAUCAUUACCACGCCUUCUUCCCUGACAGGGACUCAAUCACAGAUAUCAAUACUGAUCACUAUUCCAUUCCUGUGUUUUCCUGUAUUGUUCUCAUAUCUUUAUUAAUAUAUUUUGGGUAGCGUUGUUUAAUUUAAAACAUUUGCCAUUCCAGUCUAUCUAGCGUGUGAACUGGCAAAGUGUCACUGAAGCUUCGCUGGGCUACUGUACCUUGAAUUAGAAGGUUUCUUCACCUUUGCCUCUAAAUGCUUCCGAUUUAGCAGGGCAAUUGCCCCUUAAUUCAUCAACUCCCAUUCAACUGGGGAGAGAGGGCUUUAAUUACUGGUUCCCUCUAAUACAAAAAGAAUAAUGAAUAGAGAUCAAUAUUUAAAGCUUCCUACCAUGGGUUAUAGGAGCCAGCUAGUGAAGAGGCAAUGUAUUAGUAAUUCUACUGCCAAACUGAACAAGAAGCAAUCAGAGGCAAAAGACGCAAGGAUAAACCUUCUGAGUACAGUUGCUGAGGACCUUUGCUGAACAGCCCUUACUUCCAAGUUAAAUAUUGUAGAAGAACCCUGGCAAUGGGGUUGGGUAUUGUUGGAUAUUUAAUGAUAUACUAAGUAGCACAUGAAUUUACCAUUUAAAUUCUAUUCAGUGAAUUCUACUCAUUGUUAUAAUGAAGUGCCUUAACAAGGCUAAAUGGCCUUGUAUGAAAGCUGCUCUAGUACCAAACAACCCCUCUUGAUAUGUCUCUCUUUUACAUUUUGCUAAACAAGACUCUAGGGGUUUUUCUUUUGAAUUCAGUGGUGGUGCAUCACAGUGCACUCUGCAACUGUAGAUGAAGUGUUUGCCCUAAAAGCUAGCCAGGCUACUUUCUGCCUUCCAUUCAUUAUUGGAAUGAGAUUCUACUUAACUCUAUAUUGAAAUACUAUAAUACAGUAGAAUGCUAUGAUACAGUAUUUUAUUUGUUCUAUAACAUCUGUAUACCCAUGUGACUGAGUUCUAUGGGCAGUUUACGGACUAUUAAAAAUACAAACUAAAGUUCAACAUUUGCAUGGCACUAAAACCAGUGAUGAAUAUAUAAAUAAACACCAAUGCGGCAGCUAAAACAAUGUGAAACCAGCAAAGGGAAUAACUUGGUGAAAAGUUCUAAAAGCACAGGUGUCUCCAUUAUAAUUAAAAGGUCCGAGAGAACAAAAAAUAUAUCCAGCUGGUACCUAAAACACCAUAGCAUGGCAUCAGGUGAGCCUUUUGUGGAAAGGCAUUCCAUACAGGAGGGAAAGUCACUGAAAAUCCCUUUCCUUGUCUCACUUCAUUAGGUGGGGAAAUCUGGAGAAAGGUCUCAAAUGAAGAUCACAAGGCUUAGGCUUACCAAGAUCCCAUCAAUAUGAUUUCAAUAUUCAAUAGUCCAUCAAGAUUAUAGCUUCAGCAUUGAUGUGCACAUAGCUCAGAUCAAGGGCCCAGGCACUUUGAGAAGAUCCAUACCAUGCCUUUAAAGCACAUUCAAUGCACAUUUAAAGCAUAUGGCUUUCCACCAGAGAAUCCUAAGAACUGUAGCUUCACCCUCAUAGAGGUACAAUUCCCAGCACCCCAAACAAAUGACAGUUCCCAGGAUUCUUUGGGAGGAGCCACAUGCUUUAAAUGUGCACUGAAUGUGCUUUAAAUGAGUGGUGUGAAUCUGCCCUUUGUUGAACACUCAUUGAGAAGCGUGUCAAAGGUAAAGGUAAAGGGGACCCCUGACCAUUAGGUCCAGUCGCGGAUGACUCUGGGGUUGCGGUGCUCAUCUCACCGCAGGCCGAGGGAGCUGGCGUACAGCUUCCGGGUCAUGUGGCCAGCAUGACUAAGCUGCUUUACCGUUGUCAAAGGUAAACAGGUGCUAUUUUGAAAAUGUAAGUGUUGUUUCAUUCCAGAGCUGAAGACAAAGGAGGUGAAAGCAGAUUCUGGGUGCCCAGGGAUGCUAGAAUCUGCAGAGCAGCUACUGGUGGAAGACUUGUACAAUCGGGUUAAGGAAAAGAUAGAUGAUACCAGCUUGUUCAACACACCAUGUGUCAUGGAUUUGCAGAGGGCACUUGUGAAAGACCGUCUUGAGUCUCCAAAGGAUGCCGUUGAUGAAGUCUGGCCAAAUGUCUUCAUAGCAGAAAAGUGAGUAGGAAGACUGUUUCUCUAUCAUUCCUAGAGUUGGACUUCUCGCACUUUAUUGGAGAAGAAGAUAAAUAAUCCUAGGUGAAAAAUCAAAAUCUUUCAAGUGUCCCAUCCCAAGAUAAACUUAUGUAAAGAAUACCACUAUAAAGGCAGAAACUGUUACAGACAUACCUCAUGUUGCGUCUGCUGCAGGUUGUGUGUUUUCGUCUUGUGUCCCGCGGCAACCCGGAAGUACCAGAACGGGUUACUUCUGGGUUUUGCCGCAUGCGCAGAAGAGCUAAAUAGCGUCGUGCGUGUGUGCCGACGCAGCGCUUCAGCUUACGUCAGUUCCGUGUUAUGAAUGGGCCUCCAGAAUGGAUCCCAUCCAUAACACGAGGUUCCACUGUAUAGGGUGAAUAUUAUAGCCUGAUCUUCUGCCUGCAUUCCUGUUAGUGACACAAUGCAUUCUUGAUUUGAAUGCAGUCAAGGAGAUUGUACAUACACCAGUGGUGGGAGAUCAAAAACCCCUAAACCAAAUUAAUGAGGGAAGUCAGUUUCUUAGUCAACUAGUUGAUGCUGUUUCUAUUGCAUUGGGGAAUUGGCAUCUCACAUAAUUGUUGGAAUCUGAAAGUUUAAAGGACAAGUGAAGAUUCCUUUCCCUCCAUCAGGCCAGAAUUGUACUUUGCAGCCAAGGUGCAGCUGCCACUGAAACAGGCAAUCUGAUGUCUCUUCCUUCUAUCACCUUCAUAACAUUUAGUUAUGCAGAACUUGUAACAUGGCAUUAUGACUUUUCACUUCCUUUUUCCACCUAAUUGGCUGCCAUUUGCGGGGGUGGAAAAAAUUAUAACAUGAUGGCAUCACACCAUGCAUUUUGCAUUAUUAAACGAUGCCAGAGGGAAAUGCACAGCCAUUACUUUCAGAGGUCGAAAGGUGUUGACCAUUAUGUAGUUCCAGCCUCCACUUGCCAUGCCCUGAUUCUCUCUGAUUCAUGGUAUGAAUAAAGCCUGCUUUAAGAAGAAGACCAGCCAAUGUACAAAUAACAGCUGCUGUCAAUGCUGUUUUAAACAAAAGAGCAUGAAUUAUAAAUAAGGUCUUCUAAUUUCUGAGCCAUUUUUGUUCAUAAAAAAAGCUUUUCCCCCAAUGGUUGCUUGUCACAGUUUCCAAAUGUCAAAUCACAGUGAUUAUGACACAAUUUGGUAUAUGAGUCUUUUAACAUUUGCAGCCAUCAUAUUUCCUUAACCCAGUUAUUUCAAAAUCCCAGUACAUAUUGGAACGAAGGCCUUAUGAGAUAUCUUGAUGGUGUUGCACUGGGAGAAUCAUUUAUGUGCCUUGCAGAUGAUUUGCUCCCUGCAUUUGCCACAAUGCCCAGGGCAACAAUAGUAAACAUUUUAUCAGUGGGGCAUUUAUGACCCCAGUGAUGAAGUGCAGCAACUUUCUAAAUACCCUAACUGGUUGGUGGCUCAGCUACCCAGAAGGCAAUCUCAUUCCAAAUGAGCAUGGCCACUUAUUACAGUCAGCAAGGGAGGCUCUCCUGUAUGACCAAUCAGUGGUGGGGGCGUGGCUUGGUGAAACAUUGGCGAUGGCUGCUAUAGUGAUCCCACCUAAAUUUUGUAACUUCCUUCCUCAAGAGGUCUGUUUAUUUCCCUUUCUCUUGACUAUCCAUUGCCUGGUUAUGACAUUAUUAUUCAGGCAGGUAUUUGAUCUGCCAUGCUAAUGAACUUUUAGCAGACUGGCCCUUUUUUAGCUGGUUUUAUAUCCUCCUCCUGGCUCUUUGUUUUAUUAUUGUAUCGCUGAUGUGUCUUUAAUUGAUUUCGUAAGUGUUCUUUAAAUGUGUUGUUAGCCACCCAGAGUAAUGUGGCUACACUAGAAAGGUGAGGUAUAAAUCUCCCUAAUAUAAAACACCGUUAUGAGACUUCCAGAGAUUUGUCAUGUUGGCCUGGUGCACAUGUCACUGUAAGCCAAAGUAUAACUGGCACUGCACAAUCAUGCUGGCUCCCAAAGGGGAGCUCAUGCCAACUCCACAUGGCAUGGCAGCUAAGUCAAGGUUUUGCUUAGCAUACCAUCCAAACUUGGGAUCAUGGUUAAACUCGCUAGUCUUCUACUACGAUCUAUGGCCAAAAACAAACCUUGGGAUCAUGGUUAAAGAUGAGAGCAUUUAACCAUGAUUGUGGAACUGGAGAACAAACAGUGAUUAACUACUGUGCUGCACUAACCUAAACGGACCAGGAAAGAGCUAAGUUAGUGCAGUUUCCUUCCUGGCAGCCAGCAUGUUUGCCAGGGCUGUCUUAAGCAUAUGUGGCACCAGGGUGCAAAGAUCCGCCCGGCACCCCCCCCCCCACGGUUGGCCAGUCCAAGGCUCGCGAGAGGGCAGAGCUGGCCAGCCGCCUCAGCAUCUCGCUGGCUCGAUCGUCCCUGAACUCGUGGCGCAGAGCCACCCACAGCAGAAGAGCCCACUGUGGCACUCCAGCUGAUGGGUGGGCUCUUCGCUGGACUCAACUCUCGGGCCCCAGACUCUCAUCCUGGCUCCCUGAGAGCCUGGUGCCCUGCACCCCUAGUGCCUAUAGAUAAGACAGCCCUGAUGUUUGCACUGAGCAAUGGUUUGUCUUAGCACUGCAUGAAAAUGUGGCCAUUGUAACCUUUUGUGUUCGACCAGAUAGUUAACACAUGUUGUGAACAUGCUCGCACUUACAAUACUAUUUUAAUCACCUGUGGGGUAGAUCAUUCAUAUUGCCAGUCUGCACAAACUUGCAGAGUUCCUCAUCAACUCAACCCAUUUUUCUAUUGCUGGCCUUAGGCUAGUUUUCAAAUACUCAAGAAAGUAGGCAGAAUCUAACCUCUCUUCCUUUGUCUUGAAGGAGUGUUGCAGUGAAUAAAGGUCGCCUAAAGAGACUAGGAAUCACUCAUGUGCUUAAUGCUGCUCAUGGCACUGGUGUGUAUACAGGGCCAGACUUCUACAAUGGCAUGAACAUCCAGUAUUUAGGCAUUGAGGUGGAUGAUUUCCCAGAUAUGGACAUCUCUAAACAUUUCCGUGAGGCUGCAGAGUUCCUUGAUGAAGCUCUACUAACCUACAGAGGUAUGUAGGGCAAACUGCACAACUUCUCAUUUUCAGCUUCUGUUGGUUCAUUAUCAUUUGAGAAGUAGGUAUUAGGGCCACUCAUACACACUAAUGAAGUUCCUUCUGCUCUUCAGACUGUGUUUUUAAUGUUUCUACCAUGGCAAUGUUAACCAUUUAGGAAGAUGAAAAUAAAUAAGUACAUUGGGUUGAAGCCAACUAAGUAAUCUCAGAGUGGACUCAUUGAAAGCAACAGACAUGACUAACUUAAGUCCAUUUUAAAGUUUCUCCUCUGAAUAUGGGUACCACCUUUAUAAUUUAUACACAUAUAAUAAUGGAAAAUAUGUUUAAUAUGGUGAGGGGCAAAUUCUUCCCAAGUUUUGGAGCAUCAUUGUUCUAUGGAUUUGCACCAAGCUUCACCCCAGUGGUUUAUCAACAUUAGCGAAUAUAAAUUUGGGGAAGAUGCAGGAGUGGCCUGUGUGGUGGGAACCAUGGUACCAACACUGGUGUCACUUAACUGAGAGUAAGCCAGGCUGAGCUCAAUAAGAAUUGCUUUGGAUUAGAAUGCAUUACAGCAUAUAUUCCCCCAUUUGCUGCUAUGCUUAAAAUGUUUUAAGAUGUCUGUGAUGAAAUAUAUAAAUCAUUUAUUUAACUUAAUUUACCAUGUUCCCAGUUUAGGUAUUAAUGAUAAAUUAAAUCAAGACUAAUGAUGGCAGAACCCACCCACCCCCACCAACUAUUUAUUUGAUCCAGAAACUGUUUCAGAAAUAGACUAUUACAUACUUCCCAAAUCCAGUGUCCUCCAGAUGCUGUUGAACGACAGUUCCCAGUAUUCCUCUGGCAGUAGUUAACCACCUAUAUAAUUUUACUUCUAGGAAAAGUCUUGGUCAGCAGUGAAAUGGGAAUCAGCCGCUCAGCAGUGCUGGUAGCUGCUUAUCUGAUGAUCUUUCAUCAUAUGACAAUCUUAGAAGCCUUGAUGACUAUACGCAAGAAGCGCGCCAUAUAUCCCAAUGAUGGCUUCCUGAAACAGCUCCGGGAGCUCAAUGAAAAGCUAUUGGAGGAACGAGAAGAGGAAGGUGAAAAAGAUUCUGAUGAUGACACAACCAGUAGCCAGAGUUCUGUUGUCAGAGCUGGAAGCUCUUCCUUGAUGUCUGGGAGAGAAGAUUCUGGGAGUAUCAUGGGAGCCAAAGUCCACUCUAUCAUGGUGGAAGAAGAAGACACAACAAGCCUCCUGGGAAGUGUAAUGAGUACCUCCUCUAUGGGAAAAUCGAGCUUGGUUUCCAAGCAGCCUACUCUUAUCAGUGAAGAAGAGGAGGAACAACUCUAUGAAGAAUGGAGGAAGAAGCAAGGUUUGCCUGCAAAGGAACUUUCAAACAAGGAUGGAGAAAGCAAACCCUCAGACCUUACAUUUCAGGUACAGGAGGAAUCUGAGGCGGAUACGAGUCGGAUGAUCCAAGAGUGGCAGUCCAAAAAUGAAAAGUACCAAAUGGAAAGCUACUUGUUUCCCAAGGAGGAAGAAGGAGGUUCUAGAAUGGGAGAAAGGCCAUGUUCUGUAAAUGAUGUAAGUGAAACAGAAAGUGUGAGUAGCCAAGAGAUCAGAAUCUUGAAACAACAGCUAGAAGCAAGUGGCAUUAACAGAAUGAGGAGAGGGCGUACAGAUUCCAUGUCUACAGAAAGCAGCUGGGAUAUGUGGAAUGAGAGGAUGAUGGAGAUAGAGAAGGAAGCUUCUCGGAAAUAUCAUUCCAAAACUAAAUGUGGUCAUGAGAAGCCAAGGCCUGACAAUGGAACAAAUGGGAGGGAUAUGGAUGAGGAAAGUAUAUUAUCUGAUACUAGCUCAUUUUAUAAUUUCUGUCAAAAGAACAAAGACAAGCUGACUGCCUUAGAAAGGUGGAAAAUCAAGAGAAUUCAGUUUGGAUUUCACAAAAGAGACUCAGAGGCCUCUGAGAAAUCAAAGGAUGAAGAUGGCAGCCAACAAAACAAAGAGGCUAUGGAAGAGGAGAAGAACUUGUCAGAUAUCAACCUGACAGCUUACCAAGCCUGGAAGGCUAAACAUCAGAAGAAGGUAGGCAAUGAGAAUAAGGAUGAUAUUGUGGAGCUUGCUAAAGGUGAAGAUUCUGCUUCUUCCAGAAGAAAGCAGAGGCGAAUGGAGUUACUUGAACACUCAAAGAAAGUUCUGGAAGAAAGUCAGUCUCUCUGCAGCUGGGAGGCAGAGAGUACAAUGAGUGGAAGCAUCCCUUUGUCGGCCUUUUUGCCAUCAACAGCUUCCAUAAAUGGUGCACAGGAUUCUGUCUCAGUAUUGAGCAUGCAGACCAAUCGCUCAUCUUUCUCUCAGGCUAGAGGUGGUAGUGGGGCAAUGUCAAACCAUUCAGUAGCUACAGGUGUUCCCAACCUUCCUGUUGGCCCAGAAGACACUAUAUCUAUAGCCAGUAUUCAGAACUGGAUUGCCAAUGUUGUUAGUGAAACUAUUGCUCAGAAACAAAAUGAGAUCCUAAUGUUGUCCCGCCCAUCAUCGGUAUUAGCUUCAAGUGUUAAAUCAGUUGAUGAUGACAAGGCAUCUCUGCUUAGUGCACAAAGUGGCUUAUCACUACCUAGCUCACUAUUUCACCAGCAGGGCAACCAACAUGUUGACAUUCAGUCCAUGCUGUCUUGUAACACCUCAAUGAGUGGAAGGACAGGAGGAUCCAGCUCAAGCAGGAAAGUGACACAAACAAGCAAGCCUCUUUACAGCCUCUUUGCUGAUGAGGUUGACUUGAAGAAACUUAACAGAAAGGAAAGGGAGAUGCAAACCGAGAUGAGAGAGAAAAUGUCAGAUUACCAGACUGAGAAGCUUAUCAGUGACAAUAAACGUAGCACUUUAUUUAAGAAGAAGAAGAUCAAGGAAGAGGAUGAGGAUGAGAAGGCAGAAAAUUAUGCAGAAAAUGUAAUUGGUGGCCUUAGGUACCCUUUAGAAACUCAUAACGACAGGAGUGACACAGCAUCUUCUUUCUCAGGCCAAUUUGCCAGAGCAGGUGCUAUAAGGUCAGAGGUAGAAAAGAAUGUAAGUAAGUGGCUCAGUGGCUUGAAAACAGAAGAAAAGUCCUCAUACCAGGACUUCUCUGAUGCUAGUGGAGAAAAAUACAGGAGAUCAUCAUUCAGAGAGGUGGACACUGAGGCUUCUAGCUAUAAUUUUUGCAGAUCUCAAAGAGAAGAAAUUGAUCGCUCUUCAACCUUUCAGUGCAAAGAUGACUUGCAGAGAACCUCCUCGCGAUUUUCCUCUGCCUCUGCACAAGAAGAUAAGGCAGCUCGCACAUUUACACGGUCCAAAUUCAGUGAGACAAGUUCCAGAGAAGAAAGUCCAGAGCCACAUUUUUUCAGGAGGACACCAGAACCAUCCAGCAGCUCAGAAUCCCCUGAACCACCCACCAGGAGCCGGAUCAGGUCGCAUCACUUGGAAGAGCGCGAAGAGGAGUCCAGUUCAGACACGUCUGAGUUUGGAGCCAAGAGAAAGUUCACCCAGAGCUUUUCAAAGUCUGAGGAGAAUGCAGAGAAAGAAGAAAAGGUAGAAGAAAGAAAAGAGUGUUAUGCAUCAAGGCAGUUAUUCAGACACAGGCAACGCAUGCGCAAGGAGGAGGAGGAAGAAAUGGAUGAUGAUGCCAUAAUUGCUGCCUGGAGAAAUCGGCAAGAAGAAACUACGGCAAAGCUCCGUCGAAGGAGAGAGGAGCGGAGUGAUAGAGAACAAAGUCAUGCCAACUCCAUGUCUCCCCCUCCCAUUUGAAAGAAAACUUCCACAGUGCCUACGAGAAACCAAGACUAAAAUGCCCCUCUGUUUCAUCAACCUCCAUUGCAUUUCCUAUUACCCUUCCCAGAACAGAGCACUGCAUUAAUCUUACAGGUAUUCUCUUAUCUUUAAUUCUCAACCUGAGAUGAAGAUACUAAUGACAGUGGCUCUUCCCAAGAAAAAGGGAUUGUGUCAAUAGUCAAUUAUUGGUGUACAGAAAUGCAUCAAAUUGUUUUUGAGACAAUUUCUUUAACAAAACAGUAAACAUAAUUAACAAUAAUAAUCAAAAGAAACAACAGAGGCUCAGCUAAUUUGCUUCAGAUAUUCAUUUGAUUCUGUUUACUGCAAUCAUUGAAGAGUCACUCUGGGUUUGGUUUUUCCCCCCCUUUCCACCUCAUCAUGAUUAGAAUUGGAACAAAAUCAGCAGCCUUUGCCACUAGUUUGAAAAUGUAGCUGCUCUUACAGCAUAUAUGCCCUGUUCCCUUGUGGAUAGUACAAUUGAACUUAUAUUAUUCCUUUCCUUCUAAAUCCCAAACCACAGAGCCUUUUCUUUCUCUUGUGUGUAUCAAUAGAAGGGAAACUACUGAGAGAAUAAAUGUAAUGUUUGUUCCCAUGACAACUUGUAACUGAGCAAAAUAUCAAUCAUUGGUCACAUGGGGAGAUCUUGUUUAAAGGUUUUAAUUUUGUUUGCUAUAAAGGAGACAACACUAGAUAGAACAAAUUACCUUUGGAUCAAAACAUCAGGCCCAGCCUUAGAAAACAUAUGCUACAGUGGUGAUUAUCCCUUUUAAAUGUAAAUCCAGGAUAUAUAUUGGUGUGUGCACAUUAAAGGAAAGAGAUUCACAUCUGUUUGUUUGCUAUGGAUCAUGGAAUCAUAGAAUUGUAGUGUUGAAAGGGACCCCAAGGGUCAUGUAGUCCAAUCCCCUGCAAUGCAGGAAUAUCAGCUAAAGUGUCCAUGACUGUUGGUCAUUCAACCUCUGUUUAAAAACCUCCAAGGAAGAAGAGUCCACAACCUCAGGAAGGAGACCAUUCCACUGUCAAACAGCUUUUACUGUCAGAAGGUUUCUCCUGAUGUUUAGUCAGAAUCUCCUCUCUUGUAACUUGAAGCCAUUGGUUUGGGCUCCACCUUCUGUAUCAGAAGAAAAAAAGCUUGCUCCGUCUUCCAUGUGACAGGCCUUGAGAUAUUUGACGAUGGCUACCAUAUCCUCUCAGUCUCCUCUUUUCCAGGCUAAACAUACCCAGCUCCCUCAACCAUUCCUCAUAAAGCUUGAUUUCCAGAUCCUUGGUCAUCUUGGUCGCCCUUCUCCUUGCCAUAAAUUCACCCCACCCGGCCUAUUCUUUGUCCAGAAUGUCCUUCUACUUCAUCUUGCUCCUCAGACCUUCCCCCUACCCUGCAUAAAUCAGGAGCAGCCAGACCUGACACCAUCUUCAGCCUCUUCUCUACAUCCAUAAGAAUGGGCUGGUAAUAAAGUAAUAAAGUGGCAGAGGCCUGAGGUGAUAGAAUUGACUGCAUCAUUUCAAAUGUUGGGAGGGGAAAAGAAAAAUAUUUUUGAAAGCUCCUCUACAUUAACAAUGCACUGCAAUCAGAAAAGUGAUGUGCUAUGGGGUGGUAUUUGCAGGAAGCUUAGUACGUGGGAAAGCAAUUAAAAAAAAAAAAAAAGCAUACCCCAUCAGCAAUCUAACGUAGACCAGUCCAGGGCAGAUUCAGAUUUGAGGGGGCUUUUGGCAAUGUGGCCUCACCAGGCCCCUGACUGUGGGCUUACCUGGCCACAGCAGGUGACUGUGGGCCUCUAUUUAACAUUCUCCACCAUGCCCCUGACAUAGCAUUGUUCUGGGACAUCAUGGGAAAUGGGAAGUGCUGGUUUGUCAAUCAGGCAGGGUGGGCCAGCCCAGGAGGAAUCCCUGCCAGAGUGCUAGGGCACCAGCUUUUGGCAUCAGGCCUGGUGCCAUCCAAAAUUACCUCAGGAUUCUGUUACCUCAGGAUUCUACUGCAUGUGUAGACUAGACCUGAAAUCCCAAGUCCAAAUCACCUUUGCUUUCCCCAGAUAAAAAUGGCACUCCUUCCCACCACCUAUUUCUAUCUAACCAGUGUUUUGAGUUGGUUUCAGGUAAUUAUGACUGUCCAUCAUUUUUAAAAUAAGAGGCUUGUUUUUAGACAAAAGGGUGUUUGAUUCUUUUUAAAUGGGCAAAGUUGAUUCAGCCGCAUCUGCCUUUUUCGUGUGCUCUCACCUCCCUCUGCUCUCUUUGGAAACAAGGUUUAAGUCCAUCUACUUUCAUAUUUUCAAACAAAACUCAUGAAAGGGCCAUAAAUACCAUGACUUGUUAAAAUGAAAGCUGUUUUCUCUUCCUCCCAUGAGACUCCUUCCUGCGAGAAUGGUAGAGAGAGUUCAAUUCUUUGAAGAAUUCUUCUUCUGUUCAACUAGCUGCAACUGAAAGCUCUCUUCUGGGCUUUGUUCCUUGCAUCAUCUUGACCAGGCUUUGCCAUAGCUCUUCUUUUUCUCUCUGUUGCUUCUGCAAGUGUGAAGGAGGAUCAGUGCUGGAUAAGGAAAAUGGCUUCGUUUGCACAUUCUCAAAAAGCUUUUCCGGAGGGGUGGGGGAGAGAGUGCCAUAUAUGAAAGGCUUCCUCCCCUCUAAUAUAGAAAGUUGAAAUUGCUAUACCUUCUUUAGCAUGCCAGAGGCACAAAAUGAAGGUUAACCAACUCUGGGACAACCAACUAAAAGGUGUAAUCAAGAGAUGACAUUUAUUCCUGUUCAUAAUUGGAGAUUGGCUCUGAUAACAUCCCCUCUCUCCUGGGUCAUCCCAGGGAUAAAUCUUUGCAGGACCAAGGCCAGGUAUUAAGGAGCGGGGCUUGCAUUUUAAACUUACCGGUACCUAAUUCACAGUUUCCAAAACAAUACAGGAAUUGAUCCUUUGAAAUCGGCAACUCUCCAAACUUUCCAGUGCAACCAAUUGGCCCCAACCAAUGUGCACAAAAAAGGGAGAGGUGUACAUAAAAUGGUGAAAAUAACAUACAAAAUGCAUUAUUUCAGGGAAAGGUUUGUGCAAAAUGUGUAUAUUUUUCAAAAAUGCAUGCAAAAAUGUGUUUAUUGGGAGAAAUGUACACUAAAAUGCCGACAAAUUUCAUAAAGAUUUUUUAACAAAAAUUUUGCAAACUGGUGCAGAGAUGUGGCAAACUCAACAUAAGAUUAGAGAAAUGAGAAAAUGACAGAUUUGUUCAUCCCUACCAGAGACAGGUGGGAUCAUGCCCAAAUCUACAUAACUGCAAAUAUUAUUACACAGGUCUGGGUUUGAUAGUGUCACAGUUGCUGGUGGUGAAGUCUUAAAUGAAUUCAUUUUACCUUGGUAAAAAUCAAAUAAAACAUGGGGUAGGGAUGGAACUUUCCUGCUCUGGAGGACCUAUGUGAAUGGGCAGUAGGGGGCAGUACUUACUUUGCAGCACCCUCAAAAAGGAGCUAGAGUUCUGGGCAGCAAAAAAAACUUUUACCCACAAAAACAUGUCUUUUUGCAUCAAAAUAACAGACUGUCAACAAGCCAGAAGAAUCUUCUGGGAAUCUUUAUGGGAAAGCCACUCAUUCAUUGAACAAAUCCAAGAAGAGUGAUUUUUCCCCACCAUUAUAUCAGCCCAAUGAUUAGUCUUUAAGGAAUUAACUGAUUGUAGCCCAUGCUUCCUGUUUGCCUUAUAAAAACCUCAUUAUCCAGUAACAGGGGAUCUUUUCUCCCCUGAAGCAAUAACCACUUGAAACCAAGAUGAAGGUUAAAAGGCCUCACCUUUUUUGCCUGGAUGAGACCUUAGUUCUCGCAACAAGCAGAUGAGACCCCGGGGGAGAGGUUGCAUCAGGUACAAUCUGCUCCCAUGCCAGUCACUUGAAACAAAAGAGGCAGACAAUGGUGAAAUAGGCAGCAGAGCCUCUGAAGUUGAUCUUGAGUGAGGGAUGGGGAACUCGUGGCCCUUCAGAGGUUAGACCCCAUCUUCUAUUAGCUUAGACAACAUAGCCAAUGGUAAGGAGUUGGGGUCUAAUAACAUCUGAAGGGUCACAGGUUUCCCCAUCCCUCACUCAAGAUCAGCUUCAGAAGCUCUGUUCUGCCCUUGUGUGUCAUCCAACAGGUGCAAUGAGACAGGGUCUUUUAGGUACUGAUGCUGACAUACUGGAAAAUUAUCCUUAGGGAGAUCUGCCAGGCAUCUCUCUCCUUGUUAAGUAUCUGCUAGGAUGCUUUCCUUUACAGAUUUACUGGGGAGUAAGACAUCGUAAACACAUUCGGCCUUGCUUCUAAGCAGACAGCCUUAGGACUGCUGAACUCUUUUUAACUGCAGCUUUCUACUGUUCCUCAUGUCAGCUGUUUUAAUAUGUGCCUUUUAAUAUUGCUUUAUUUGAUGCAUUUUUGUUAAUUUUGAAUGCAGCUUUUAGUGUUUUAAAAAACAAUAGAAGGGGAGGAAAAACUUAGAAGGGGAGUAAAAUAACCAAUCGUAAGUACAAGGCUUUUUAUUUCUUCUGCUGAAGUCUGACUCAUUUUUGCUAUUCUGACUGUGUAUUUGUUGUAUAUUGUCCUUUUUAAUUGUAGUCCUGCUAAUAUUUUGUUUCUAUUUGUCUGCACUAAAACGACAUUUCUCAUGAUGCAGGAAUGCCCUUUCAUUACAGUUUAGAAAACAAGUAGCAUGUAAAAACAUCAACAAAUUAAUCAGAUCAACAAAUAACUAAUAUUUAUUUAUUGUAUGCUAUAAAACAGAGCAUAGUUUAAACUGGCUUGACUGUGAUUUUGGUGGAGAAAUGCUGCAAAGGAUUACAGAGAAAACAGCCUGUUUUCACAGCGCUGUAUGCCUUUCUCCAGCUGUUUAACAUAUUUUCAAAGCAUUUGAGAAACAGCUUGAAGAGAGUCCGAUAACACUAGCCACAGAAAGUAACCAAGUUCAAGGUUUUUAGUGCAGCUGCUAACAGCAAAAAUAGGGCUUCCCAGAAAUGUUUCAUGCAGCACCAAUUUUGUUUGGGCAAAAUUUCAGUGUCAAAAUGCAUGACAAGGGUUCCCAUGCAAAAUGCAUGGGAAAUGGAACAGUUUUUCCACUUGGCUUUUUGUUUUUUUUAAAUUUCACAAAGCUUUCUAAAUAGUACCCAGUGAUCACAACACAUAUCCCUAUUGGUUUCAAUGGGACUACAGAAUAUAAGGGAUUUUAUCCCUCUGUUUGUCAGAGCCAGGACUUGAACUUCUUUGUCUGCAACCUCAGACUGUGACUCAACCUUGACUUUAUCCCACACUGGAGUAUUAUCAUUGACACCAUCAAAAUUAUUUAUUUAUUUAAUAUACCUCUAUCCCUGAAGACACUUGCACCUCCACAGACAACAGAAUUAUCCCCAAGCUGCAUACCUGAUCCUUCAGGAGGUGUGCUGCCCUGUCCAAUACAUGUUGCAAACCUCUAUGUAGUUCAGCUGUUUCCAGCUAACAGUACUUUCAUCUUGUCUUAAGUUUCUGUUGGUUUGCCCUCAUCCAUCCUAAAAUGGCCUCUGGGUGCCUGUUAAAAGUUUCCGUAGCCUAAUUGGGAUUAGUAGGUAGAAACAAUGAAUUGAGCUCGGUGUGCACCUGCGUGCUGGUGAGACCUUGGCUUGUGGAUGACAUCUCCCAAUACAUUAUUACAUAAUAAUUCUAUGCCCUGCAUUAUUUCCAUGUGGCAGGAGGAUGAGGAAAGAUGCAGUAUUCUUGGGGUCUCAGCCUGUGACAAGCAGCUGUCACUUGUGCAUGUGAGAAACGUUAUAGCAAGACAAGCAACCGCCAUCAGAUACAGAUACCUUGUUCCAUUAUACUGCGCAGUCAGUUUCAUUCUUCUUUCCCAGUCAGCGCACUGACUGAUGGGAAACAGAGGGAUUUAGUUAAACUGCAAUAUCUCCAUGCACCAUAAGGGUAUUUCUAAAAUCUAUUUUGACAUAGCUAUUGUAGUUAAUUUCCAAAUCGCUGGCUUUUCUCCUCUAAUGAUCCUUUCUGGCCAGAGUUCCCAAAUGUGAUUUGAAAUCCCAUCUCUGCGUGUCUAGGGAAAGAUUGAUUGUAAAACAUUUAUAUGCCAGUUCUGUAAAUCUCCAACACUGUGGAAGAUACAAGCCCUGACGUGUGUUGCAGCGGCUAGGGCAGUGCACUCUGCCCUCUCCACCUUGGUGGAUAAGCCCGGCUUGCAAAAUAAAGUGCAAAUUAGCUGGAGCCCAAAAUUUUCUCCACUAGGUGGCUAGGCAUCUCACAGAGUCAUAUGGAAUCACCAUAUAUGGAAGAAAGGGUGGGGAUUCAGUGAAGAAGAUAAAUAACCCUUGGAGGCAGGGGGGCAGCUGCCCCCCAUUAAGUAAAUAAAUAAAAAUUCUUUCCCCCCCCCCCAAUAAAUCCUAGCUACUCCCAUGCUUGGAGGAUUUCUUAAUCCAGUCAGCCGAUGGAUAUAGAAGGUCUACCUCAAAGAUCAGAAGGGCCUAAGUGGAAUUCAGUUUUCUAAGAUUUGUGAUCUCCUUUUCCUGCUAGCUCAGUUGGUAGCGCAUGAGACUCUUAAUCUCAAGGUCAUGCGUUUGAGUUCCAUGUUGGGCAAAAGGAUUCCUGCAUUUCAGGGGGUUGGACUAGAUGACCCUUGUGGUCCCCUCCAACUCUACAAUUCUAUGAUCCUGAAAGAGGAGAGAGAAAUUUAUCAGUCAAAAUGAUUCUGCACCAGUAACUGUCUCCCAGCAUUGUCUUGAAUGAAUGAAUUUUAUUCUUUCGGUCACAGACCAGUUCCAGCCCACAUACAAUAUCAAGGAACUCAUAAAACAAGACAGGGAUACAUUUGAAUUUGCAAUUAGGUGUAACGGGGACAAUACAGAUAUAGCAACAGUUAAAAUUAUAUAAAUUAAAACUUAGCCAUUGUUUUACAGCUCAGUUUGUGAUGUGUUGUUGUUUAGUGACCUGUUUAGAGCAGCUGUCAUUGUAAUGCUAUAGGCAGGGCCAGUUCCACUUCUGGGGUGGGGGGUCUCAGCAUAUUGCCUUCAGAAGGCCCCUUCCUACAUCAAUGGGACUUCCCAUGAGUCCUGGCUAGGUUCCUAGGCAGUGGCACAGCCAGCAGCAGUUCUGUGGAGCUUAGAGCUCCCAUUUAUUUAUUUUGUUAUUACUAAACUGGGGUAAUGUCAAAAACUGUCAUGCCACCGUGGGGCUCAUUAGAGGAAAGGGAAAGGGGGCUGCAGGAGCUGAGGCAGGUGCUGGGUCCCUGGCAGCUGCCCAAGAAUAUCAGGUGCUAAAUCUGACCUGGCAUAUUGCUGCCCAUAUGAUUCUAUAAUUGCUCUCAGCUUUAAUAUCCUACACUGCCUUUAUUAUGAACUCCUGAGAAUGGAUAAAUCCAGUCAGCAGAAGGAAGCUGAUGGGAUUCUUUAGAGACUAGCAAGACAUAACUGGAAUUUUGUUUUAUAAGAGUUGGUAUCUCCUUUUCAGCUCUUUCUCAUACCCCUCAACUGUCCCGAUUUAACCAGGGCAUCCUGUUUUGGGGGGCUGUGCGCUCACAUAAAAUCACAGCUCCGAAACACUGUGUUUUGGGGCACUGUGCUUUUGUACGGGUCACGUGACUCACGCAGGAGCGUGGCCCCAAAAGAUGCACAUCCUGUUUUUUCUCUAGGACAUGUUGAAGGGUAUGCUCUCUGUUAUAAGAAUGUUUAGGUCUUAUAUAUAUAUAAUAAAUGUUCAUAUAUGUACCAAGCAAACACAUAUAUAAAUAUAUAAAGCACAUGUCUGAAACCCAUGGGAAAAGUCCUAAAGCCAUUUUGACUCUUUCAGUCACCUCAAAUAUUUCUUUGCAAGGUCGAAGGAAAUGCAGAAACCUCCCCAUUGUCUCUGUCCUCACAAAUCCUGCCUUAAGGGCACAUUUAAGGUGUGAAUAGAGUGAGCCUGUGACCUGGCUCAGUAAUUAAGUAUUAUCAUUACAAAAAAAUGGCCAGACUCCCCAGGUAAUCCAGUCAAGUGACCAUUAACAGGUAACCUGGCAGACAGGGUAAAAACGCACUCAGAUUUCUGUUGUAGACCACCUUUUCUGUGAUGUAGGUAUGAUGUAUCUGCGGGGUGGUCUUGGACUCCAGGGUGGGCAAUUUAAAAUGUCUAUAUAAAGGCAGGCACACCUUUGUACUGGGUCCUCCUCCUCUCUCCUGCGUGUGGGGAAGCACCCUGUUGCAACAGGCUUACUAGCUGCUUUGCUUCUCAAUAUUCUCUGGUUGGUCUCUGUUAUUUUUUCCUACUGAUAGAGAACCUACAAAGGACUCUAAAUGGGCUCUUGGGUACCCCAUAAGGGAAAAGGAGCAGUUUUUUUACUUAUAUCACUCUCUAUCAAGAAAGGCUAACUACAACAAAAGUAGCACCAAGUAGAUGCAUCUUGGGGAGAACCAAAUUGUUUCUUCUGCUUGUUAUGUGAGCUGUAAUGUGUUAGAAACAUGUGCUGCAAUAAUAUAUUAUUUAAACGCUGACAAUAUUAACUUACGUGCUACAGCUAGAGAGCGGGUUGCACAGUCUGAUUGUCAACAAUAAUAAACAUUUGUCGGUCUGUUUU